UGUGUGACCGCUAAGCUAACUCAUAGUUCAGCUCUCCUACAGAAACUAGCACAUGGUCUCCUCAGAAGGGCCAAAUUCCAACUCAUUUAUUAGAAAAUUUGUCGAUUUUAGGGUUGGAUUCUAUUGUGUGAAAUUGGUACGCUUUAAAUAUUGACCAAAAAGACACAAAUUUAAAUUUAUUCAGACUUGAGUCUUGAAAAAAAAAAAUUAAAUCUUGAAAAAAAUUUAAAUCAUUAGUUUAAGUAAUAGCUUUGAUAAUCAUAUUGACUAUACAUGUUGGAUAUGAAAUAGAAACUAUAACUUGGCAUGCUUAUGUUGAUUUUUCAUAUUUUCUGAUCAUUUUAUCUUAUUCCAUUUUGUAUCAUAGUAAGUCUUUGACUACACAAUGAUCAUAAUAAUGCCCAUCAGUAAACAUACAAAACACUAAUUGCACCAAUUUUGUUUUUACAAGAUUCUUCUAUUUGUUUAUAUACAAAGAAUAAUAUAAAUAUUUGAGUAGUAGUAAAGUUUGUUAUUAAAUGUUGUGUUUAGUCAAAUGUUGCCUUUAUAUUAUACUAGUAUGAAAGUAGUAUUCUUUUUGUAAAUAACAAUAAUUGGUAUAUUGAUGUAUAAAUGAGUACACAAUUAUUAUUUAUUUGGACAAUAGUACUUGUUUGGAAAUUACUAGUCAAUUAAUAUCUUAGUUGGAUCCUGCUGUUACAGGUCUCGAGUGAGAAACAGACAAGUGUUAUAAUUAAUCUUACCAUCGACCAAAUUACUUUUUUGUAAUUUUACUUGACAUUUUGCAUCUUGACAAUAUUGUACUCUGAAAAGUCACAAGAAGACCCUGUACUUGGAAAGGAUGAACAUUUCUAACCCCGUUACUUGAUUUUAAGUUACAACUCACAUCAUUAAUCAUUAUAUUCGUUGUAUAUUAAUCAUCAUUUAUGCUCAAUGUUGGUUCAUUCAUUUAUACACUACUAUUAUAGUACACACUAAAAUAUAGAAUCUUUUUUAUUAAGUUAAUGAAAAAAAAAGGAUUGUAAAUAUGUUAAAAUAUUCAUGGAAAAAGAACAAAGGUUCCCUUGUCAUAAGAGUUGUUUUUGUUUUAUUUGUUCAUUCCCUUUCUUUCUAUGUCAAGAAACCUUCUUAUUCUCUCAGCCUCACCCCUUUAUAUUCAUCCAUCUAUCAGAUCUCCAUUUUGUCAAAUUUCAACUCAUUUCAUCACUUGCCCUCUCUGAUCAAAAACCAACAAAAAAGCUUUGUUUUUCAUUAGAUUUUGUUAUAUCUCAUCUGGGUUUUCACUUGAUCCAUAAAAAGUUGAUUUUUUUUUUUGGAAUAAUUCAAGUGGGUUAUAUGAGAAUUUGAAGUGGGUUGAAAUCUUAUGGGUUCUCAAGAACUUAUUGAGGUGAAAUUCAGGUUAGCUGAUGGCAGUGAUAUUGGCCCAAGCAAAUACAGUCCUAGCACCACUGUAGGAUCUCUGAAAGAAAUGAUACUUUCACAAUUGCCCCAAGAUGAAGUGAAUGGGCCGAAGACAAUAAAUGAUGUGAAGCUGAUUAAUGCGGGAAAAAUACUGGAAAAUGAUAAAACACUUGCAGAGUCCCGAUCUCCUGUAAGUGAAGUUCCAGGAGGAAUCAUCACCAUGCUUGUUGUUGUGCGCCCUCACAUCCCACACAAAAACAAUGAUAAGUUGCAAGAUGGCUUUCCGAAACAGGGCAGCUGCCCGUGUGCAAUUCUUUGACCGGAAGACUGCCCGAGCUUUCAAUGGAUAAAACUUAAAAGAAAGCUUUCAAGGGUAUGUGAUUUGAUGAGUUGACUUUUGGAUAUAUAUAUGUUUGGAACUUUGACUUGGGAUCUGUAAGGGGUGAAGAGAGAGUAACUCUGGCUGUAUGUUUGAAUGAAUGUCUUGAGUUUAAGUUUCAUCUA